AUGGAUGACAUCGGCGCCCUUUCUACCUCUUGCGCAAGUUGCUUCGAUACUCUGACACGAUCGCUGCGCAUAUCUUCGGAUGAGUUCAAGAAACAGAUGAUGCCAAUAGCAAUUGAAAAUGAAUAUGCCCGCUUCAAGAUUUGGGCUGGCAAUCUGGGCGCUUUACAGAGAGGCCCACAUUCUCUUGACGCUAGAUUACGAGACUCGGUGGUGCUACGAGCGGCUGUCCUCAAAUUCAUGGGAGAGUUGCAAGACUCUUUGAGAAAGAGUACCGAGAUCACCACAGGUCUUCGCCUACCUGACACCAGUGACACCAGCAGUGACUUGGAGUCUGGAGAACUAGCUGAGAGACUCGAUGAAAUCAAGGAUAUCAUGGAGCACCUGUAUAGGCUCUCGUUCAAGAUACGCAACACGAGAUAUCGUUCUCUCACCAAGAAAGCUCUUCUGAUGAAAGAAGAGGAUCCACAAACCGGGAAAGACCUGUUCUCGGCGUAUGCCAUCUUCGAUCGUCGGCAUGUACAGGAGUCACUCAAUCGCUUGCGCCAGCGUCCGUCAUCAAAGGAAUUCGCUGCUGAACCUGCACGAGACCCAAGUGACGGGUGUUUCGAUGUGUUAGAUGCUGGGGAUCGCCUGUUAAAUAGCGACGACUUUCUGCAAGAUCGCUUAGCAAAAGGAAUCACCAACCGGAGAAAGUAUUUUGCAUAUUGGCGGAGACAUGCUCUCAAGCUCUCACACGUUACGGAUGAGCUAGCCCCCCAACAAAAUUUCACAACUCUCGUGAAGCCUGCGAAGCCUGUUUCCGGGUCUCCAACCACACCCGCAAUCUCAGGGUAUUUCCUACCGACUCCAGGGCCAAAACCCCUGCUUUCAGGAACCGAUUUCUCUAUGUAUAACCGUGAAUUGGACGACCAGAUGGAUGCAGAGACCGUGAUUUCUUACGCGACUACAGCCUAUGACGUUGAAGGAAAUUCCCCAGAAUUACCUCCACCUCCUCCCGAUGCGGCCACGAAGCUAGAGUUUGUUUGUCAGUAUUGCUGGGUGGCUUGUCCGUCGAGACAAGGAAAAGGGAAGUCAUGGCAAGAACAUAUCCGACAAGAUCUCCAGCCGUACGUAUGUACCUACGAGGAAUGCUCAGACGCCGACCGCAUGGGUUUCACAAUCACGUGGCUCCACCAGGAACAAUUCGCAACAUUUGCAGUUCCACGAAACUUUGACAGCAAUAAAGAGGCGGACUCUAAAAAAUUCGAAGGCAUUAGAUCAGCUGGAUCUUUGCGUUCCGUUGCUCUAGAUUUCCCGGACGGUGAUAGCAGCCUUGACAGCGACGACAGCGACGUAUCAGUGAACCAAGUCGGCAACUCCCUGCUUGACUCUGCGAAAAUCGGAGACCGCGCGGCUGUUAGGCUGCUACUCGAGAAGGGCGCCGAUCCCAACUUAGCGGAUUAUAGUGGCCAGACGCCGCUAUCGUGGGCAGCUGAGAACGGUCACGAGGUGGUCGUAAAGCUGCUACUUGAGAAGGGUGCCGAUCAUGCCUUGGCGGAUGAUAAUGGCCAGACGCCGCUAUCGUGGGCGACUAUAAAUAGCCACGAGGCAGUUAUAAUACUACUACUCGAGAAGGGCGCCGAUCCUGACUCGAAGGAUACUAUUCAUGGCCAGACACCGCUAUUGUGGGCGGCCGAGAACGGCCACGAGGCAGUUGUAAAGCUGCUACUUGACAAUGGCGCCGAUCCCGAGUCGAUAGCGUGGGCGCCUAGGUCUUCAGAAUCAGAUUCAGAAUUAGACGAUUCGGAUCAAGGGUCUGUCAUUCCCGACAGCCUCGCUUCAGAGGAUUUCACCUAA